AAGUUUUAAUCGUUGAUAUUAAAGGUUGACAUAACUCCAAUUUUUAAAGUUAAAGGCAGAUGCUACAAAUAAAAAACAAGUGUUCACAAAUGACAGCUGCUGCUGAAAAGCAAAUGAAUAUAAAUGAAGAUAACACUGAAUUUGAUAACUUAAAAGUUGAAAAACUUUCAAGAGAUGUGCUUAAAACGUUUGCAGAUGAGUUGCCAAAAGAAUGGAGAGAACUAGCUCGUUUCUUGAAUAUCAGUGAUGAAGAAAUAAGUCGAGCGGAACACGAGUGCAAUAAAACUCGAGAACAAAUUUAUGAAAUUUUUAACAGUUGGUUUAGAAAUAAUCCAAACAAAAAAUGGAUUGAUAUUAAAUCAGGAUUGAUAUUCUGUAAACGAAAAGAUGUUAUUGUUAAAUGUCAAAGAAUGCUUACUGUCCGUUCAAUAUUUGGUGUUCAACCAACUGCAGAUAUGUUCUUUAUGCGAGAAAAAGAACUUUCGAAAAUUCAUCAAUAUUUUAACGAUUUACAAGAUAAUAGAAACUCAACUUUAGUAUUAUACGGAAUGUCUGGUGCCGGGAAGACACAACUUGCCAGAAAAUAUUGUGAAAUCCAUCAUGACUUUUAUGAACAUUUUGUUUGGAUAGAUGCAGGAUUUGGAAAGUUACAUGCUUCAAUGAGGAAUCUUUAUGAAUUAUUAGGAUUUGUUGUUCAAGAUUCUCAAGGCAAUUCUUUCAAUGAAGAAGUGAUUGUUGAGAAAAUUCACAACUACUAUAAAAACGAAAAAACUCUGUAUAUUUUUGACAAUGUCGACGAUGAAAGCAUUCGAAAUUUGGGAAUGUUUAUUUCAAAGAAACCGAAUUCGUUUACUUUAAUUACAACUCAAUGGAGAACAUGGUCAAAUAAAGUAAAUCAAAUGUUAAUCGAUGGUUUUUCUUCUGAAGAGGCUUUCGAGUACGUAAAAAAUAGUAUAAAAGAAAACACCGACGAAAACAUAAAAAACCUAAUUAAAGAACUUAGUUAUCAUCCGUUCGCUAUUACUCAAGCAAUAAAAUAUAUAAAGAUACAUAAAAUUUCCACACAAAAAUAUAUAGAUCGAUAUAAAUCAAAACCUAUAGAAAUACUAGAUGAUGAAUACUUUCCAACGGAAGAAGAAUCAAAGUUUGCUAUAAAAGCAAUCAAUUUAGUGUUAAAAAAAUUAGAAAGAAAAAAAAUUAUUCCAUUAAAAUUACUUAACUGCUUAUCUUAUUGUAAUGGUCAAAGCAUAAAUAAAGAAUUUAUCAGGCAAAUCUUAAAACAAAUGACAGUAAAUGAAGAAUAUUUAAUAGAUGAAGCCGUUGGAUUACUAAUAAGUUAUUCUUUACUAGAUCGUUUGGAUGAUGAAAAAUAUUCAAUGCACGAACUGACACAGUUGUCGUGUAAAUAUUUUCAAAACAAAAACUCAAGUUCAAAUACUUAUUUUGAUCUAAUGGAAAAAUAUUUUCAACUUGAGUUAAACGAAGUAAAAGAUCACGUUGAUCACGGAAAACAUUUUGUUUUUCAUUUUUUCCACAUGUUUCGUAUUAACAAAAAUAGAACGUCGAAAACCUUCCAUCAGAUGACGACAUCUAUUAAAACUCUAUUAGUAUGUAAAGGUUUAUUUCAAGAAGCAAUCGAAAUAUUAGAAAGUAUUAAAAAAUUUAAUGCAGAAAUAUAUGGAGAGAAUAAUAAAUUCACAACUGAUACAAAAAAUAAUAUCGCAAUCUGUUUGAACGCUAUGGGAAAAUAUAACGAAGCUUUAAAAAUUUAUUAUUCUGUUGAAAAAAUACAAACUGAAAUUUUAGGUAUCAACCAUCCAAAUACAAUGUCAAUAAAAAAUAAUAUCGCAGGCUGUUUGAAAGCUAUGGGAAAAUAUAACGAAGCUUUAGAAAUUUAUUAUUCUGUUGAAAAAAUACAAACUGAAAUUUUAGGUAUCAACCAUCCAGAUACAAUGACAACAAAAAAUAAUAUCGCAGGCUGUUUGUACGAUAUGGGAAAAUAUAACGAAGCUUUAGAAAUUUUUUAUUCUGUUGAAAAAAUACAAACUGACAUUUUUGGUAUCAACCAUCCAAAUACAAUGACAAUAAAACAUAAUAUUGCAAGCUGUUUGAACGCUAUGGGAAAAUAUAACGAAGCUUUAGAAAUUUAUUAUUCUGUUGAAAAAAUACAAACUGAAAUUUUAGGUAUCAACCAUCCAGAUACAAUGACAACAAAAAAUAAUAUCGCAGGCUGUUGUUACGAUAUGGGAAAGUAUAACGGAGCUUUAGAAAUUUUUUAUUCUGUUGAAAAAAUACAAACUGAAAUUUUAGGUAUCAACCAUCCAAAUACAAUGACAAUAAAACAUAAUAUUGCAAGCUGUUUGAACGCUAUGGGAAAAUAUAACGAAAAUGGGAUUGCUCAUUUAUUAGAAUUGAAAUGUAUGAGCUGUGGUUGGAUUAACUCCUGUUUCACAAAUAAAGAGUGCCACGAUUCUAAUCGAAAAACUAAACGUGCUCGCAAGUUGUAUGAGUCAAAUGUUCGAGCAGUCAUUAGUUUUUGUGAGAUUGGUCGGGGAAAGGCAGCAUCGAAAAUGUUUACUAACUGUUUUAACAUGUAUGGUAUUGGUGAAUCAGCUUUUGACAACUUGAAUGACAACUGUGUUUCAACUGCAUAUUCUAAGCCAGCUGAAGUAUUAAUGAAAAGAGCUGCUAGUGCAUUUUCUCAAGCAAAUACUCAGCCAGUCUGCAAACGCGUUACAAUAGAUGGUUCUUGGCAGAAGAGAGGUCAUGCAUCAUUGAAUGGUGUAGUUACACCUGUUGUUGGUGAUAAAAUUUUAGAUUAUCAGGCUUUCUCAAAACACUGUAAAGGUUGUGCAAUGUGGAGAUCCAAGGAAAGUACACCUAAACAUGAUAGAUGGAAAGUAAAUCAUGUUUGUCAUAUAAACCAUACUAAAUCUUCUGGUGCCAUGGAAGCUGCCGGUGCUGUUCAAAUUUUUGCACGUUCCAUUCAAAAAAACAAUUUAAUUUGUUCUCAAUAUUUAGGAGAUGGAGAUACUUCUUUUUUUAAAGAAGUUGUUGAAUCUAAUCCUUACAAUAAAAACGAAGUUAACAUUGAGAAAUUAGAGUGUUUUUGGCAUGUACAAAAGCGACUUGGUACUAGAGUUUGA